UUGUUGAACUGUUUUUUUACUUUUUUGGGCUGCUCGCACGUGCAAUCCCAUUCUCACAUUCAGCAGCGCUGGCGUUCUCGCGUUCAGCUGCGCUGCGUGCGUCCCCUCCUCCCCUUCGUGUUCUCCGCCUCCGAUAUUCCCGAAGCUAGAAGGCCUCCCUUGCGCCCUUUAAAAUACGAACUUCUCUCGUCAAGCCACACGGUCUUUGUGCUCAUACCUCCAUUCUCUUUCUCUCUUCGUCGUACGCUCGCAGAUCUGAUACCGUGAUCAACCAUGGCUUCAAUCACAGGAGUGGGGAUCUCAAUUGCGACCCUGCCGGCGAGCUACCGGAAAAGUCAGGUUCUUAAUGGAGUUUCUGGCUUAAGACUAGCUUCUUUCUCCCGUCAAAGGAAAAACUUCCCAUCAGUUCGGUUGCAGUCAGCUCCCAUGGGGUUCCAUGUUUCUUGUGCUGCUAAACCAGAGACGGUUGGCAAGGUUUGCGACAUAGUGAAGUCACAGCUGGCUCUUCCUGCUGGCACCUCUGUCACUGGUGAAUCAACAUUCGCAGCACUUGGAGCGGAUUCUCUUGACACGGUUGAGGUUGUAAUGGGCCUUGAGGAGGCAUUUGGCGUCAGCGUGGAAGAGGACAGUGCUCAGAACAUCACCACCGUGCAGGAAGCUGCAGAUUUAAUCGAAAAGCUUGUGGAAGCUAAGUCAACUUAAAGAACUACAAAUGUUUUAAAAGGAUGGAAAGUUUUCCUUUGUUAUACCUAUGCUUCAAUAUCUAUUUAAACACUCUUAUUUGAUUGAAUUCUGGUACCUUAAUAUGUUCUAUUUUAUUUUAAUCAGACAUUUCUUGUUUGAAUCAUGGUACCUUAAUACAUAUUUCCCUAAACCCUAAAUCAUUAGAUUCAAUUGUCCUA